CACCAGUUUGUCUUGUGAAGCAGAGUGCAUGCUGGUAGCGGAACUAGCGUAGCAUAGCAUGUGGUGAAGUGGCCAGAAACACAGGGAACCUAAAGAUCAUAUGACACUGUGGCUGUGGCCUCAGUCGACCAGCGUUGAAGUGGAAGUUUUAACUCUGAGAAAGAGAGAGAGAAACACUCAGCGGCGGUAGAGUAGAGAUUGUCAGCUUGCUAACGCUGGCUAACUAGCAGUGUGUGGCUAACAGGACUACAAGACCGGCAAUCAGCGGACUGACAGACAGCAGCCAAGAGACUUGUGUAAACCUUAGGCAAUGGACAGUGACUCACAAGCCGCCUCUGAGCGAAUUCUGCUGGAACCAUACAAGUACUUGUUGCAGCUGCCAGGAAAGCAAGUGAGGACUAAACUAUCCCAAGCAUUUAACCACUGGCUUAAUGUUCCAGAGGACAAACUGCAGGUGAUCAUCGAGGUGACUGAGAUGCUGCAUAAUGCCAGCUUGCUCAUAGAUGACAUCGAAGACAACUCCAAGCUGCGGCGAGGCUUCCCUGUGACCCACAGCAUCUACGGCAUCCCCUCAGUCAUCAACUCAGCCAACUACGUCUACUUCUUAGGGUUGGAAAAGGUUCUGACCCUGGAGCACCCCGAGGCUGUACGAGUGUUUACCCGGCAGCUGCUAGAGCUGCAUCGCGGUCAGGGCCUGGACAUCCACUGGAGGGACACAUACACCUGUCCCACUGAGCAGGAGUACCGCAACAUGGUGCUGCAGAAAACUGGAGGGCUCUUUGGCCUGGCUGUGGGUCUGAUGCAGCUCUUCUCAGAUUGGAAACAGGACUUAAAACCACUGCUGGACACACUGGGCCUCUUCUUCCAGAUCCGCGAUGACUACGCCAACCUCAGCUCUCGCGAGUACAGCGAGAACAAGAGCUUCUGUGAGGAUCUAACCGAGGGCAAGUUCUCUUUCCCCACCAUUCAUGCCAUAUGGUCGCGGCCAGAGAGCACCCAGGUGCAGAACAUCCUGAGGCAGCGCACAGAGAACAUGGACAUCAAACGAUACUGUGUGGACUACCUGGAGAAGGUUGGCUCGUUUGCCUACACUCGUCAGACUCUGCGGGACCUGGAGGUGGAGGCCUACCGCCUCAUCAGGGAGUUUGGGGGCAACCCUCAACUCGAGAGCCUUGUCAAACAGCUCAGCCAAAUGCAUCACGAUGGCGAGGCCACAGUAGAGUCCAGUACUGAGCCACAACCCAGCCACAACCCCUGAACCUCACCCACCUUUCCCGGUUACAUGACUCUCAUACUGUCCCCUGCACACUCCGCUAAAACAGAAGCUUUGUUAAUACACUGAUGCAGGCAUACACAUUCCUGAAGAGCUCACCACACACACACACACACACAAACACACACACCGGUAUGUUGAUUCACAAACUGUUUUAUGAGUCACAAUGAAUCAUUAAACUUGAGCACUUUAAUUCUGGCUGACAGAUUUGACUGCGUUCAGCAGCUGUGGGACAGCAAGGCAGCCCCAAAUGUUGCCUGUCUCUCUUUAGUGAGCUAGAUGGCAUCCUUCAAGUGUUUCUUAACAAAGUACACAUCAGCAAUUUUUGUAUCCGAGUGUCGCUGUGCCGUCAGUGGAAGAAAUUAAUUAAAAUAGAAACUUACCGCUUAUGGUUUUUGGUUUGCUUUUCUUAAAAUGAAAAAUAACAAAAUGACAACAAAGCUAAAAAGCCUUCCUUUUGAUGUGCACUACAGUGCAUAUAAAUGUAUUUUUUUAUGUUUCGCCACAGAAUGAAAAGAGUUUAUCUAGGGCCGAGUGAAUGCUGGGUGUUUUUUCUGAAGUCCCUGUUUAAAAUAAGAUGUGGAUGUCUCGAGUGUAUGAUGUGUGAUUUGAGGAUCCUUAAUCAUUAAGCCGCCAGAGUGCCAAUCCUGUAGAAAAGACCUCUGCAACUCAAUUGUCUACUUGUUAUGUAAUAUGCUGGCAUCAUAUGCAAAGUGUGCUGUUUAUGCUCGGCUGUAUAUGAAUACUCUGCAGACUGUUUUUCCAUCUGGUUCUAAUUCAACACAGCUUUUCACAUCUCUAAUAUUUUAUUAGGGUGAUUCAGUUAUGAUAUUUGUGAGUAGACACUGUGCUGCAGUUGACAGCUUAUUUGCAUCUAUUGAAUAAAAAAAACAUAAAUCUGUG